AUGGCGGCUGUGGUAGGGCGGCUCUGCCGGGCCUCUGGAACUGCCGCCUGGCCCCGCUGCCUCCUCCGCGCCGGCUGCGCCCGCCCCGCCGCCGCGCUCGCUGUCCCGCCCCACGGCGGCCCCGGCUCGCCGCUGGGCCUGAGCUGGGAGGCGGGGAGCGGGAGGCGGCCGCUGAGCUUCUCGGCGGCGGGGCUGGUGAGCUCGGCCCCCGGCCCGCUGCAGCCCUACCUGCGGCUCAUGAGGCUGGACAAGCCCAUCGGAACGUGGCUGUUGUAUUUGCCGUGCACAUGGAGUAUAAGCUUGGCAGCAGAGCCAGGAUGUUUUCCAGACUGGUAUAUGCUGUCACUGUUUGGUACUGGAGCGGUCCUGAUGCGUGGAGCAGGCUGUACAAUUAAUGACAUGUGGGAUCGGGACUUUGACAAAAAGGUUUUAAGAACAGCAAGUCGACCAAUAGCUGUUGGAGAUAUCUCAACUUUUCAGUCCUUCGUUUUUCUUGGGGGACAGCUUAGCUUGGCUUUGUGUGUCCUUCUGUGUCUAAAUUACUAUAGUAUUGCCCUAGGAGCAGCCUCUCUGUCUCUUGUGAUCACUUAUCCACUGAUGAAGAGAAUCACGUAUUGGCCGCAGUUGGUUUUGGGACUUACAUUUAAUUGGGGAGCCUUGCUUGGGUGGUCUGCGAUCAAAGGUUCAUGUGAUUGGUCGGUGUGUUUGCCUCUGUACUUCUCUGGAGUUAUGUGGACAUUGAUAUAUGACACCAUCUAUGCACAUCAGGAUAAAAGAGAUGACAUGGUCAUUGGUGUGAAGUCAACAGCACUACGGUUCAAUGAAAACACAAGGCAAUGGCUCAGUGGCUUCAGUGUUGCAAUGCUCAUGGGUCUGAGUGUGGCAGGAAUAAACUGUGAACAGACUUUCCUCUAUUACACAGCUGUGGCUGCCAUCGGUGCUCACUUAGCUCACCAGAUUUACACUUUGGACAUACACAAACCUGAAGACUGUUGGCAGAAGUUUACCUCUAACCGCACAAUCGGAUUUCUACUUUUCAUAGGGAUUGUAACUGGAAAUUUAUGGAAAAGAAAAGAUCCCAAAGAAAUGAAUGCAGUCAACACUGAUAUUUAGUCAUUAUUUAAAAAAAAAACUAUUCAAAGGUAAAAGCACCUUAUCCGCAACUGCUACUCAUUUUGCUUAAUUAAAAUAUUUGGCCAAAGCAUCUGUUUUUUAAGAAGAUACUUCAGCAAACAGAAUUAUUGUUAGUGUGUGCCUUGUGAAUACACUUUAAAGACUGAACUAGCAGUGAUCUUGGCAACUAAGCUUCUCUGCUGCUUGUGGUGAUCUUUUAUUGUAAAAUCCCUUUCCUCCCUCUUGCAAGGAAUCUUUUGUAAAAUGUUGUCUACUGCCCUGGCAGUCUGCAAAACUCUCUGUAGGUUUCUUAGGGUCAUGGUUCAUGUGAAAAUGUAGUAAUUUUGUAAUGUAAAAUAAAACCUGCUGUGUGAA